AAACUACCAGAGGUGAAGGCUGAGGUUCAACUACCAGAUGUUAAAAUUCAGAAACCAUCAACCAAAGUGAAAGUUAAGGCUCCUGGGUUCAAACCUCAAGCAAGUGGCAAACCUGAAGACGUGUCUGUUGAUGUCAAAGCUCAGGGGGGCGAAGCUGAGACAUCUGGAGGCAAGUUUAAACUACCAAGUUUUGGUAUUUCAACACCCAAGGUGAAAGGACCUGAAAUCGAUGUGAGUUUAUCCAAGAAAGAUGUCACAUUGCCAGCCGUUAGUGCUGAAGUCCAACUUCCUGAUGUAGAAAUCCAAGAAGUUGUAGAUGCCGAUCUGGAGGCCAAAGCAAAGCGACCCAGCUGGUCAUUUCCACGAUUUUCAUUUUCAAAAUCAAGUGGUAAAGUUCCUGAUGCUGAUUUAAACCUUGAAACACCCAAAGUGGAUGUUGCACUAACAGAGGCCAAAGCAGAAGUCUGUCUGCCCGAUGUUCAAGUCAAUCAAUCAGCAAUGAAGGUGGAAGUCAAACCCCCUGAAGUGAAAAUCAAAUCUCCAGAGAUUGGCAUUACGCAACCAAAAGUAUCGCAGAAAGAUGUAAACAUCACACUACCAGACGUGAGAGCAGAGGUCAAACUGUCUGAAGGUGAAUUGGAAGACACUGAUGCUAAGUCAACAGAAGCCUCAGGAUCACCGUUGAAAUUUAAAAUGCCAACGAUUAAAAUGCCGAAAUUUGGUGUUGCAACUCAUGACACGCACACCCUGGAAAUGCCCAGUGCAGAAAAAACAGCACAAAUGGAGGACAUUAAAGUUCAGCAAGAUGUGACCGUCACCUUCAAAGGUCCAAGUAUUGACAUUAAAACAGAUGUUUCCAAAGCAACCACUUCAGGUUCGGAAACACAAAAGGACGAGAUGGAGGCUGUGGGGCCGGGGUCUCCCAGUAAAUUCAAAUUACCAUCGUUGAAAAUGCCACGGCUAAGUUUCUCAAGAACUAAAUCUGAGGAGGAAAAUGUUCCUGUUGACACUGAACAUAGGGAAGAUAAAGAGGAAGUCAAAGCUGAGACAAAAGAAGGGAGCAAAUCACCAAAACCAUCGCCGCUGGGAAACAUCCUCAAAACUAUUGAUGUGGAAUUUGAUGUUCCAAAUGCAGAAAAAGUCAAAGAUAGUCUUGAAACCUCAAAGAAAGUUAAAAUAUCAGAUGAAGCACCUGGAAACCAGGUAGAUAAAGAAGCUACCAAAAGUCCAGAAAGGACAGGAUGGUUCAGUUUUAGGUUUGGUCUGUCUUCGCCUUCAGAAGCACCAAAGACCUCUGAGAAAGACCUGAAAAAGAGUGAAAGGAGCCCGGCUGGGGAAACCGGGGAUGAGGAUGUGAGCCCGUCCUGCUCUGUGCAGUCAUCAGACGCCUUUGCUGAUAUCAGCUCCACAGUCACGAGUGAGCUCGUCGGCCCGUCAAUAUCCUCGCCCACCAAGGUAACCGUCAAAUACUCCGAUCCCGGCGUGGCCGCCGGACCCGAAGAGAUUCAGAGUAACAUCAUCACCUCCAUGGCAAGGACCGAGCUGCUCUCAGAGAUUCCUAACCUACCCGAGAAAAUCACAAUUCCGUCAUCAGGCGUCUCGUCGUCAUCAGAGGACACGCUCCGGCUCGAGUCGGGAAAAAUACACGUCAUUACGUCUAACAUCCAAGCAACGCCAGAAUCCCAGCAUGCCAGGCUGCUGACGGCCAUCCAGGUCCAGCCGGCUGCCAGCGUUUCUCUAAUGUCAGAGGAGAAUGAAGCUUCGUCGUGGACCAUGGAGAAGACUCAGGGUGGCGUGAAGACCGUGUUCGAGAGGCGCGUGGUGAAGGAGACGUCAAGUGAGAGCACGGAAACCAUGGUGAUCACCAAACAGAUCAGCCACGUCUUCGAAUCCUCGGAGCCCAUCUCAGGAGAGACGGCUUCAUCCAUCCAGCGGCUCCGAGACACGGUGCACUCCGAGAAAAUGAAAUUCUUCGAUGAGGCUGAAAAGUAAGAAAACACACGCACAAAAAAAAAAAAACCUUCACACAGUUCAGGGCUGCCGGGCUCUGAAGUUCAGCAUUUACAUGGACUUGACAGGAAAGCGAGAAAGCUGAGAUACUGGCAGCUGGAAAAUGUCAAGACAAAUGCAAUUCAUUAUUCUAAUGAAGGAAUUUGUCAGCGCCGAUGAAGGUGGAGAUAUCUGACCGCAUGUCGACCCGUGAAAAAAAAUAAUACACACUGAUGAAGUGAUCAAAAUGCUAAUAAGCUCUGUAAAUGACUGUCUUUACUGCAAUAUAAAGCUCCCAUCUCACUGGGCUGACAGCAUGCUGAUGGUACUGGAUGACCUGGUCCCAGUCCAGAUUCUCCUGGUCCUGGUCCCAGUCCAGAUUCUCCUGACUGUAGCUACAUCUCGCCCAACAUGCGAGCGCCUAUUGACUUGUCACAGCCCACGGCGAUGGGGGUUUAUUUAUUGUGGAGCUUCACGCAGCAUCUUCGCUUACGUUGCAACACUUCCUGUUCCUGCUUACCAAAUCUCUGAUUUUGUAGUUUUUAAUAGUAAAGUACUGAUCCAGUAACUUGUGCUCGCCCUUUCCGAGAUCAUAACCAUGUUUAAAAAAAAUCUGCUGCAAAAA